AACGAAAGCAAGUCCCAAAAAUAAAUAAACUCAAUAUUAAUUGGAUUCCAGCGAAGAUGUUUUGGGGUCUCAGCUCAGCGGUUGACUUAUAUGCCGAGUAUAUCAAGGCGUUCAAGAUCAAGGACGAGCAGGGGGGAUGCGGAGACGGAGCCUCAUCUCCUCACGGAGCGCUCAAUAUUUUGAUCUGCGGCGGAGCCGAUCCGCGCCACAUAAUCAAGACACUGGCCAAGCGGUACACAUACAAAAGCAAGCCCAAGCUGAACAUAUACGUGCUGGACGGGUGCGCCGAGAUAGUGGCCCGAAAUAUGCUGCUUCUGGGUGUGGCCUUGGAGGCUCCAGAGUCCUUUAGCCUGGGGUACAAGGCCCACCUCUUCAUGGACAUAUACGGGAACUCGUUGAUGCGACCGAGCUCCCACCACUACGUGGCAGCCAAGGGCCGCACACUGCUCAAAAUGGUCACCGACGAGGAGGAGUUGCAGCGCCUGGCGCCCAUGCUCUGCUUGGAGGGACUAAAGUACAAGGAGCGCGACGGGCUCGAGAUGGCCUUCAGCUUCUGGCAGCCUCAACCGUGGCACCAGUACAACAUUGCCACCUACUGGGAGCAGCGAUCGCGUGCCCUGCUGGGCACUCGCUACGACCACCGCAACGGCGCCUUUGACUGGGACCUGAGCAUGACCCUAAAGGAGCGCGAGGCCCAGCAGAUCUGCUCGCAGGAGUUCCGCUACUGGCGGGAGUGCGGGGUGGCCUUCGUUUUCCCCGAGUACGAGCAGUGCAAGCCAAACAAGACAUUCGCUGCCGGGCUGGUGCGCGACGGACGCACCUAUUUGCACCGCGGCUACGUAGGCGACAUCCAAACGGGCCCCUUCUGCGGCUUUGGGCUGCGCACCACAGAGGAGCGGAUGCACAACUCUGCGCACGGCGAAAACGACUAUCGGGCCACCGAUGUGACCGAGCGCAACCUGCUCGAGCUCUUCCACGAGCUGCACACCCAGACCGCCUAUGAGCACGAUUCCACACGCUCACGCCGCUACGGAUCGGUUCAGUUGCUCAUGACGCCCUUGCUCACCCACAACGAGUGUGAUGCAGGUGAGGGGCAGGUGAGCUACGAUAGACCCUGGAUCCAGGUGCCGGAUGUGAUCGUGCACUAUUUGUCGCCAAUGGAGAUGGUGCAGCUGCAACAGGGAGCCGCACGCUGGGCGAACACCUUUGACAUUGCAUUCGUUGCCUACAACUACUUCUCCUUCUUGGGCCAAGAGUUCUUCCAGUCCCUGCGUGCGCAGGCCCUCUUCCUUUUGGAGACAAAGCUAUUGACGGUGGAGCGCAGGGAUCAUGUGCAGGCCUACGAGGCCAAGGCCAUGGUGCUAAUGAAGGAGGCUGGCUUGAAGGCUGUCAUCAAUUACCAUGCCAUCAAUGGGAAGCAUAUGCUGCUGAAGUACAAGAAAACUGAGGAAGCUGACGCAGGCGAGGACAAGGACGAGGGCGAUGAUGCUAAGGCUGAACCCGAGGCUGAUGCUGACGCUGUAUCUCAGGCAGAGACUUAUCCUGAAGAAGGUCAGAUCUACCAGGAAGAAGAUGCCCAGGCCAAUGACCAUGCCAUCAAUGAGAAGCAUAUGCUGCUGAAGUACAAUAAAACUGAGGAAGCUGACACAGGCGAGGACAAGGACGAGGGCGAUGAUGCUAAGGCUGAACCCGGGGCUGAUGCUGACAAUGUAUCUCAGGCAGAGACUUAUCCUGAAGAAGGUCAGAUCUACCAGGCAGAAGAUGCCCUUGAGAGCAACUAG